GGCAACAACUCCCAUACUUUUUGUGACUGGUGAAGUGAGUGAUGUGUAGUUCGAGAGGAAAAAAUUUUUUGGUGCAUUUUGACUAAAACGCAUUAAUUGUAGUUAAUUCUGUACGACAAUACAUGCAUUAUGAUUACUUUAGUACCUUGACUUGUAACUGUGUUUAUAAUUUAUCUACUUCGUGAGUUAUUUUGGUAUUCGGUGACAUUUUAGUGAAGUGCCUAAUUUGAUCAUGGAGGCUAUAGCAAAACACGAUUUUACUGCGACUGCAGAUGAUGAGCUCAGUUUUAGGAAGAAUCAAGUUCUGAAGAUACUUAAUAUGGAGGACGAUAUGAACUGGUAUAGAGCAGAGUUAGAUGGAAAAGAAGGGCUCAUCCCUAGCAACUAUAUUCAAAUGAAGAGUCAUAGUUGGUAUUAUGGAAGAAUCACCAGGGCAGAUGCAGAGAAGCUGUUAGGAAACAAACCUGAAGGCGGUUUCUUGAUUAGAAUCAGCGAAUCCAGCCCCGGUGACUUCUCUCUAUCUGUCAAGUAAGUGACAGGGCCUGUAGCAAAAUUUCAUUUGAUACUUGUAUCUUUUUGGUUACUCCAUUGACUGUUUUAUGUCCAAAAGUGACUAUUACCAUUAACAUGCUUAAUUUUGAGUGGUUCAGG